UCAGCCGAAAGACCUCAAACUCGAAGAUGGAGUAUCAACUAACCGAGACGGAAGGCGAUACCACAAAGCUCUACAUGAACGGGAAGUGGUUUCCUGAGGACAAAGUCUACGUGGUUUGAGACACCUGAGCCAAUCAGUACAACGAGGCUUGACCGGUGAAGAAGCCCAUCGAUAUUUAGUCCCCAGCUGAGAAUGUCAAUUGUUUUCGUCCUUUAGAGACCUUUCUCAUGUCUUCGAUCAUCCGGUGAUAUCUCUGUGUUCCAGCCUCUCAUAUCAUGACUUCUCCCCCAGCAUCACCGAAUGAGAAGGAGUUCUCCAGCCCCUGUACACGGUACUCCAAUGCGUCUUCAUCAUCCACUCUUCGUUCCAGCACAACUCUAAAGUCGCUGCGACACGUAGCAAACAGCUUCGGACUGUUGCUACCGAGAAAGAAGCCAGCCGAUGUAGAACAGCAGGCCGACUCUACCAUUGGCGAAGACGAUGAUGAUGAAGACGAUGAUGGGCCUAUCUUUCCAUCCGGUGGGUCAGGGCCGUAUCCAACCAAAGUCCGAACACUCGAAAAAUGCCCGAAUGGCUACGCACGACUCGCAGCCUUCAAUGCAAGUGAACAAAACUUCAUGCUCUACCGCGGCUUCAGCAACGUUCACGCACGCCUCCUCUUAAGCCUUCAAGCCAGUAUCCAGAAGCUGGAAGCCGAGCUAGACGACAUUGACCGCUUCCAUAACACCCUUCCUGAGGCCUCCAAGAAGCGCUUGCGAUCCUGGGACCUCGACGUCGCAGCCUGCAGACAAGAGAAAGAGGAAGCAAAGGAAGACGGAGACGAAGAUGAGUUUCGAACGCGAGAAGAUAUCCUAGAGGAAUUGAGAAUACAAGUAAACCGUUACGAUGAGCUACUGAUCAAAGCAAGAGAGCUUAUCUCUUUUCAACGACCGACCGAACGUGAUUACCGAAGCGUGAGAAACUGGAUCCACAACAUUGCGCCCCUCGUAGACGAGGAGCAAGAUUAUAUACUAUGGAAAGAGGACAUCGUAACGCUCAGACAUGGGAGGGAGUGGGCGGGUUUUGACGGCAUGGUCGAAGCGAUGUUGCAUAAGAUAGAUAGCCGACCCAUUCAAUGGCUCUUCCGGACCGAUGAUCAGAGGCGUAAAUCCACGGAUAAGAGAAAUUACUACUUUGCACCUUCGAGAGUGUCGACGCUAGUAAAUCUCUGCAUUACUGUUGCGCUUUUCUUGCUGCUGGUAGCUCCGGUCUUGGCGAUGUACCGUCUCUCGACUAUCAAGACCACAGAAUGCGUGUUUGCAGCUAUUGGGGUCUUAAUGGUCUUCACGCUGCUGUUUGCUGCCGCUAUGUCGCUGCUCACGAAGGCGAAGAGGCAUGAGUUGUUUGCUGCAGCCGCAGCGUAUUGUGCUGUCUUGGUGGUUUUUGUUGGGUCCACUAACUUCAAUUGACGUGGGAGAAGUAAGUCCUUGUGAGGAGGUUGACGUAAUGGCUUUGGAGGAUCACAUGGUACGAUGUGAGGCUACACCGCAGCAACUGCGUUGCAGCCACGUAACUACUAUAUGUUAGUGCUCUACAGGAAUGCGGCCAGCCUGUGACAUAAAGUCGGGUGGAUUAAUCUAUCGUUUCUUGGGCGUACUUA